ACCUUUCAUUUCGUCAAAUUUAUCUACUUCUACGUAUUGUCGAAGAGGGAUGCUUCCCCGAGUAGUGAAGUUAGGAUGUUUCAUCCCACCUGCUGUAGUUCAGAAAUAUUUGCCCAACCUCUGAAAACUCCCGUUUAUCGCGAUAAAGCGCCGUUUUCGGCACGGCUACUGGCACCUAAACUCCGGAGUUAUCGGGCCCUCCACCAUGCUCUAUCCACGCUGAUACCAUCACUACCACCACCACCACCACCACGCCCCCUCCUCCAGUAAGCACCGCCGUCUCUACCAGCCCCGUGCUCUCGUCCCAUCCCAUCUCUAACCACCCCAGUCGUAACCACGCACGUGAGAUCACCGCGUUUUCCCGACUCAUUUUUUAUCACCUGGCGGCACCGAGUCAAACAAAUUUCACUAUAAAGCUGGAGUAAUUCGCAGCACUUUAUUCCCACCAAAACAUCUACAGUAAUCCGCAAUGAUUAUCGAUGGCAAGGCUAUUGCCUUAGACGUUAGGACCAAGAUCCAUGAGGAAAUCCGUGCCAUCCAGGCCAAAUCUGCCGACUUCAAGCCCAGCUUGACCAUCAUCCAGGUAGGCGCCAGAGCCGACUCCACCACCUACGUCAAGAUGAAGUUGAAGGCUGCCGAGGAAGCUGCCAUUGCAUGCAACAUCAUCAACUUGCCAGAGUCUGCUACUGAAUUUGAGUUGUUGAACCACGUGCAGAAGCUCAACGAGUCCGUGGACGUGGACGGUAUUUUGGUGCAAUUGCCUUUACCUGCCCACAUCGACGAGGCCAAGGUCACAUCCGCAGUGUUGCCUGAUAAGGACGUCGACGGCUUCGGACCCUUCAACGUGGGCGAGUUGUCCAAAAAGAACGGUGAACCAACCUUCUUGCCGUGUACUCCAAAGGGGAUCAUGGAAUUGUUGGCGAGAUACAACGUCCAAAUCGACGGUGCUAACGCCGUUGUCUUGGGAAGAUCCGACAUUGUGGGUAAGCCAGUUGCCAGCUUGUUGACCAAGGCCAAUGCCACCGUCACCACUCUUCACUCCAAGACCCCCCAGGCCCAACUUGAGUUGUUCUUGAGCCAAGCCGACAUCGUGGUGGCUGCCAUUGGCCAGCCAGCCUUUGUCAAGGGCGAAUGGUUGAAAGAAGGCUCCGUCGUGAUUGACGUGGGUACCAACUUUGUCGACGAUGCCACCAAGAAGAGCGGCUCCAGAAUGGUUGGUGAUAUCGACUUCGAAUCUGCUAGCACUAAGGCCGCAUUAAUCACCCCAGUCCCAGGUGGUGUGGGUCCUAUGACCGUCGCCAGCUUAUUGGAAAACGUGGUCAUUGCCGCAAAGAAGCACCACGUCAAGAACAACGCUACCCCAAAGUUCACCAACCCUUUGAAAUUGAACUUGGUCAAGCCAGUCCCAUCCGAUUUCGAAAUCUCCAGAGCCCAACAACCAAAAAAGAUCGAUCAAGUCGCUUAUGAAUCUGGUAUUUUAGACAGUGAAUUAGAAUUGUUUGGUUCGUACAAGGCCAAGGUUGGUUUGCAUCUUUUGGAAAGAUUGAAGAACAAGAAGAACGGUAAGUACGUCUUGGUCACCGGUAUCACACCUACUCCUUUGGGUGAAGGUAAGUCCACCACCACUGUUGGAUUGGCCCAAGCUUUGGGUGCCCAUUUGAACAAGAACGUCUUCGCCAACGUCAGACAGCCUUCUAUGGGUCCAACCUUCGGUAUCAAGGGUGGUGCUGCCGGUGGUGGUUACUCCCAAGUUAUCCCUAUGGACGAAUUCAACAUGCACGUUACUGGUGAUAUUCAUGCCAUCACCAUGGCCAACAACUUGUUGGCUGCUGCCAUCGACACCAGAAUGUUCCACGAAAGCACCCAAAAGGACGGUCCUUUGUACAAGAGAUUGGUUCCAGCCAAGAAGGGAACCAGAAGCUUCUCCCCAUCCAUGUUGAGAAGAUUGGCCAAGUUGGGAAUCAACAAGACCGAUCCAGAUAGCUUGACCCCAGAAGAAAUUACUCAAUUCGCCAGAUUGGACAUUGAUCCAGAAACCAUCACCUGGAGAAGAGUUGUGGACUGUAACGACAGAUUCUUGAGAGGUAUCACUGUUGGUGAAGCUGCCACCGAGAAGGGAUUCACCAGAAAGACCGGUUUCGACAUCACUGUUGCUUCCGAGUGUAUGGCCAUCUUAGCCUUGGCCAACUCCUUGGAAGACAUGAGAGAAAGAUUGGGUAACAUGGUCAUUGCUUCUUCAAAGGCCGGUGUUCCAAUCACUGCCGAAGACAUUGGUUGUGCUGGUGCCUUGACUGCUUUAUUGAAGGACGCCAUCAAGCCUAACAUCAUGCAAACCUUAGAGGGUACUCCAGUGUUUGUUCACGCUGGUCCAUUUGCCAACAUCUCCAUUGGUGCCUCCUCCAUUUUGGCCGAUAAGAUGGCAUUGAAGUUGGCAGGUACUUCUCCUGACUUGUCUGAAGAAGAAAGAAAGGAGCAAGAGGGAUACGUCGUGACCGAAGCCGGUUUCGAUUUUACCAUGGGUGGUGAAAGAUUCAUCAACAUUAAGUGUCGUUCCUCGGGCUUGGUUCCUGAUGUGAUUGUCAUUGUUGCCACUGUGCGUGCAUUGAAGGUCCACGGUGGUGGUGCCGAAGUCAAGGCCGGUGCACCAUUGGCCGCAGAAUACACUCAAGAGAACGUCGAGUUCUUGCGUGCUGGCUGUGCCAACUUGGCCAAACACAUUUCUAACGCCAAGUCAUACGGUUUGCCCGUUGUUGUGGCCAUCAACAAGAUGUCUUCCGAUACCGAUAGAGAGCACGACGUCAUCAGAGAAGAGGCAUUGAAGGCCGGUGCUGCUGAUGCCAUUGUUUCCAACCAUUGGGAAGAAGGUGGUUUGGGUGCGGUUGACUUGGCCAGAGGAGUCAUUGAAGCCGCCAACUCCGACGAUAAGCACUUCAAGUUCUUGUACGACACUGCCCCAUCUGUGGAGGAGAAGAUUGCCACCAUUGCUAGAGAGAUGUACGGUGCUGGCGAGGUUGAAUUUUCUCCAGAGGCCCAAAAGAAGAUCGACACAUACACCAAGCAGGGUUUCGGCAACUUGCCUAUCUGUAUUGCCAAGACCCAGUACUCGUUGUCGCAUGAUGCUGCACUCAAGGGUGUUCCAACCGGAUUCAAGUUCCCUAUCAGAGACGUGCGGGCGUCGAUCGGAGCCGGCUACUUGUACGCGUUGGCCGCCGAGAUCCAGACCAUUCCUGGCUUGCCUACCCACUGUGGUUUCAUGAACGUGGAGGUCAACAAGGACGGUGAAAUCGACGGUUUAUUCUGAUUCGUUUAAAAAGUUCAACACUAAUGAUUCACGAUAUUUCUUCUCAGUAUUUAGUUCAACCGUAAUUUACAUUUUGCAA